UACUGUCGUCUGCUUGUACAGAUCACAACUAAAAGUAAAAACUAAAAAAGUAGCAGGACUACUAAACGAAAGGAACCUUGGAAAAUUCGAAGGAGUAGAAGAAGUUGUAUCAUUCGAUUGGGCGCUCUCGAUGGUAAACCAUCGAAGUCAAUCUCAUCCUCUCACUCAUUCCAGUGUUUAUCUCUCGUAAACGAUGGCUGAAUUCGACGAAUACGAGUCUUUGCCUACCUCGAAUUCCACUACACACAUGAUUGCUGGUUCCAUGGCUGGAGUUUUAGAGCACUGUGUAAUGUAUCCAAUCGACUCUGUCAAGACCCGUUUACAGAGUCUUGUUAGCGCCAAUCGAAGUCUCGGGUCAGUCCUGGUGACUAUGAUGAGAGAUGAAGGGGCAUUGAGACCUCUUCGCGGCAUUGGAGUCACGGUGGCCGGAGCUGGACCAGCUCACGCCUUGUACUUUGCUGCCUAUGAGCGAUUGAAAGUUGAUUUCACAUCGACAGGCUCAGCACAUCAUAACUACUUGGCUCAGGGAGCAGCUGCCUCCGCCGCCACUGUUCUCCAUGAUGGAAUUAUGACGCCAGCGGAAGUGGUGAAGCAGCGAUUGCAGAUGUACAACAGCCCCUUCCGGUCCAUGACAGAGUGUGCCCUAAAAGUCUAUAAGACGGAAGGAUUUUCCGCCUUUUAUCGCUCUUACGGCACGCAACUCGCUAUGAAUGUGCCGUUCCAGUGCGUUCACUUCAUCGUGUACGAGGCAAUGCAAAAUGCCACCAACCCCGAACGCACCUACAAUCCUUUAGGUCACGUCGUCUCGGGUGGAGUCUCAGGAGCCCUUGCAGCUGCCCUUACCACGCCUCUUGACGUCUGCAAAACUCUGUUGAAUACUCAGGAGGCUGAAGUUCUGCAGCGAGCGCAGAAGACGCAAAUCAGUGGAUUUGUUAACGCCGCCAAAAUGGUUUACCGACUGGGCGGUGUGAGCGGCUUCUUUCAGGGAUUGCAAGCGCGUGUAUUGUUUCAAGUUCCCUCGACGGCUAUCUGCUGGUCCGUCUAUGAGUUUUUCAAAUAUUUUUUGACAAAGAACGGACUGAACGACCAAAGAGAAGGGGGCGGAGUCACGUACGAAAAAUCAGACAGGGUCAGCGGAGGCUCAGGAACUGGCUAUCCGCUCAAUUCGUUGAACGACGUCUCAUCUAACAACGCUAUCGUUGGCGGUGUGUCUUUGGGGGCUGGCCACGUCCUCAUAAAAGAGGACCUACUUCCAACCGGAUCUGCCGCCAGCUCUGCUUUGUCAGCCGCCCGUGCCUUGGGUGCUGUUUAAAUAUUUUUCUUCCUUCUAAAGCAAAGAAGUAGAAUGAGAAAAAAACAAACAAAUCGCCAAGUAUCCCCAAUUAAAUCCCCAAUCUCUAGGUCACGCCUCUCUUUCUCUUCCGUUCCCAAGAUCUGUCAAAAUUAAUAAACACAUCUUUCUCUAGCGACAACUCAAAUGGCAUUACGAAUAUAAAUUUGCACCAGAAAAUGUAGCCACAAAAAUUACUUGAAUUCUUGAUGCCAUAUGAAAUUGUCGUUAAAGAAAGUACGUUGAGUUAUUUUGAUAGCUCCCAUUCAAUUCUUUUAUACAUCCCGGCUGCCUUCUUUUUGGAUCCUUCUUCGGAAAUCAUGUCUAUGUUAUCACAUGUUGAGUUAAUCAUUCUGUAGGAGCACCAUAACGAUAUCGUUAUUUGUAUCCCUUUUUUUUUUUAAUUAUUAUUGUUCCCCCCUCCUUUUUUUUUCACUGUUCAUUUUACGUUUUAUCCAUUUCCGAAGCAGCUGUUGCCUCGUUGGGGUGAUUAGCCUUUAGAUGAGGCAGUCCUUCCAGAUCUGAGUCUUCUAGUCUGUGAUGCUAUUUUCCUGUUUUCCCAUUUGUUUAUUAACUUUGGACGCUUCGCGUUAGGGGGAAAUCUGUUUUUUUUUCUUUCAUACCAAGUCCCACACCAAUCUCUUUUCAAAUAACCUCAGCACUUCCUUGCAGAAAGCAACGAUGAAGUUAUUCUAUCACAGUGAUAGUGUGUUAAAAAUUACUAACCAAAUUAGAUUAGAAAAAGCAAGAAAAAAUUUAUUGGCCUUUGAAAAGUCUGGCCGCUAGGUGGCACUUGGGUUCCAGAGUGAACUAAGUUGCCCCGUUCGAAAUGGUGCGGUUUUUUUUUCAGCCUUUUAGAUUGUUUCCUCCACAUUUUCUUAAAAUUCGGUGUUGGGAUCCUUUUUUAAUCGACUCUUUUUUUCCUCACAUUCCAGAUGAUGUAGGAGAACGGGAGAAAAAUUAAAUGAGACCCAGUUCAAAAUUUGUUGGAUUUACUUUAUUGAUACUGUGACGUAAUUAUCACCCGUUUUCUCCACACCCAACUCCCCCUUAUUUUUUUUUUUA